GUGUGUGUGUGUGUGUGUGUGUGUGUGUGUGUAGAAGUAAAACUGUAUCCAGCUCCAGUCGCCCGGUUCUUAGCUCCUAGGUGCCCUGGCUGCGCUGCGGGCUGGGGAGUGACUGCAGCCCGCGCGUCCCCACCCCCGCGCCCCGCGCCCGCCCGCGCAGCGUGACUGGCGGCCGCCGCAGCGAGCUCCGGAGGCGCGGGCCGAGCGCGCAGAGCCGGGGAGGCGGUGGCUGGUGGCGUCGGCCGCCUGGUCCUCCUCCGCGCCCCUCCCCUGGCGCUCGCGCUGCCUGCGCCCGGGAAGCCGCCGCUGCUCGCUGCUUGCUGGCGCGGGGAACAGCACGGACGCGGGGGCGACGGGAGCGCGGACAGCACAGCUGCCCGGGAGUCGCUGAGGGGACCCCGGCCUGAGCGCAUCCAAGUGAGGGCUGCGCCCCGCCAGCCCCAACCUCUGGAGCUUCUCCUCCUGCUCCCCACUGCACGCGCCGUACAGCCAUGAACACCAACGACGCCAAGGAGUACCUGGCCCGGAGGGACAUUCCUCAGCUUUUCGAGAGCCUGCUCAAUGGCUUGAUGUGUUCCAAGCCAGAAGACCCCGUAGAGUACUUGGAAACUUGUUUACAGAAAGUCAAGGAGCUAGGAGGCUGUGACAAGGUGAAGUGGGACACAUUCGUCAGCCAGGAGAAGAAGACGUUACCGCCCCUAAAUGGAGGACAAUCCCGGAGAUCCUUCCUCCGGAAUGUCAUGCCUGAAAAUUCAAACUUUCCAUAUCGGCGGUAUGACCGGCUCCCUCCAAUCCACCAGUUUUCCAUAGAGAGCGACACCGACCUGUCGGAGACGGCAGAGCUGAUAGAAGAGUAUGAGGUUUUUGACCCGACUAGACCUCGGCCCAAAAUCAUUCUUGUCAUAGGUGGUCCAGGAAGUGGAAAGGGCACUCAGAGUUUGAAAAUUGCAGAGCAGUAUGGAUUCCAGUACAUCUCAGUGGGAGAAUUAUUGAGGAAGAAAAUCCACAGUGCCAGCAGCAACAGAAAAUGGAGUCUGAUCGCCAAGAUAAUCACCAAUGGGGAGCUGGCCCCACAGGAGACAACAAUUACGGAGAUAAAACAAAAAUUGAUGCAAAUACCCGAUGAAGAAGGCAUUGUGAUUGACGGAUUCCCAAGGGAUGUUGCCCAGGCUCUGUCUUUUGAAGACCAGAUCUGCACCCCUGACCUGGUGGUGUUCCUGGCUUGUGCCAACCAGAGGCUCAAGGAGAGAUUACAGAAGCGUGCGGAGCAGCAGGGGCGGCCAGAUGACAACCUGAAGGCGACCCAAAGGAGACUAGUGAACUUCAAGCAGAACGCUGCCCCGCUAGUGCAGUACUUCCAGGAGAAGGGGCUCAUCAUGACUUUUGAUGCCGACCGAGAUGAAGACGCCGUGUUCCAUGACAUCAGUGUGGCCGUCGACAGCAAGCUGUUUCCAAACAAAGAGGUUCCGACGGAUUCAAGUGACCUUGACCCUUCCAUGAUGUUUGAUGCUGGAGAGAUUAUUGACACAGGAUCAGAUUACGAUAACCAGGAUGAUGAUCAGCUAAAUGUAUCUGGAGAAGACACCGAGGGAGGCUUCAUGGAGGACUUGAGGAAGUGUAAAAUUAUUUUCUUGAUGGGUGGCCCUGGCUCUGGCAAAGGCACCCAGUGUGAGAAGCUGGCAGAAAAAUAUGGCUUCACCCAUCUCUCUACUGGUGAGCUCCUGCGCCAGGAACUGACCUCGGAGUCAGAAAGAAGCAAACUGAUCCGUGACAUGAUGGAGCGUGGAGAUCUGGUGCCCUCGGGUGUCGUUCUGGAGCUGCUGAAGGAGGCCAUGGUGGCCAGCCUGGGCAACGCGAAGGGCUUCCUGAUUGACGGCUACCCCCGGGAAGUGAAGCAAGGGGAAGAGUUUGGACGAAGGAUUGGAGACCCACACUUGGUGAUCUGCAUGGACUGCUCGGCAGACACCAUGACUAACCGCCUUCUUCAGAGAAGCCAGAGCAGCCAGUGUGGUGAGGACAGUGCCAAGAGCAUUGCCAAGCGCCUGGAGGCCUACCACCGAGCGUCCAUCCCCGUUGUCGCCUACUAUGAGACGAAAACACAGCUACGGAAGGUAAAUGCAGAGGGAACACCAGAUCAAGUUUUUCUUCAGCUCUGCACAGCUAUUGACUCUGUUUUCUGAAGGAGAAAAUGUACAACUAAGUGGAAACAGAAACACAUGGAAUUCACCCUUCACACCUUUCACUUUGUCCCCACCCCCACCCGUCCCAGCUCAGCUCACGAGAGGUUCUGGAAAUUGUGCAUGGUAUACUUCGGACUGUCCACCUUUCUCUCCCCCGUGCUGGCAAUUGUCCCCACUCUGGUACUUGUUUUUAGAUGUAAAGAACAGUGUAGGAUCCGCCUGUCCCGCUGUGCCGCAGGGCCGGCUGCAGUCUGAUCCGUCACACAGGGACAUCAUAUCCCUAUUUCUCCAUCGCAGCUUCCUCCUUCUCACGGGCUUAUUUGUCCCUCCCUGAUGUGGGUUGCUAGCAUGGGGACAAGCUUGGACACCUCAUCCGGUACUGGCUGCUUCUUCAGUUCCCAUCCAUGAGAGGGCCCAGAGUCCUAGUGGGACUUUUAAAUGUCCUAUGGGAUACAAGGUAUCAAGCCAGUAGUUCCUGACAGAAAUAUUUCAAAAUGACAUUCUCUUAGAGAGCAAAACCAGACAAUCAGUCCCACCCACUUUGGGACACUAGCUAUUUGGAACUGUGUCACAGAUGCUAACAACUCUGGCCAAGCCUACAAGCCGCUCCUCUCCACAUGGCAGUGCGGCUCAGCAAUUAUGUACUUUAGUACCAGAGACCAGAGCUCAUUUUAAAGUAUGAGAGAUGCUACUUCACUCACUGGACAAAACCAACUUGUAGUUUUGAUCUGAGACAAUUACUCCCUGAUAUACUGCCACAUAAAAAGGAAGGAACAAUCUCUCAACCGAUGCUGGGGAGGGCACGCUAGCUAGAACACGGUGUCCGGCAGCGCCUGUGCUGUGCCUGUGUCAAGGGCCUGCUCUGUGGGUAAUUGCGUCACAGUGAAGCUUGGGUGUUUUGUGCAGAGUGGCUUGUGUCUUCUGAAAUCCCUGCACCUUGCACUCAGUCACCACCACACUCAGUUUGGUUUGCAUGACUCUUUCCUCAACGAGUGAGCAAACACUGGUAUGGUUCCAGGACACAACUGUAUUUUUAAAAUCAUUUUUUUCCUCAAAACAUUUAUGUACAAAUGAAAUAAAUGGAAGCCAGGAUGAUUCUUUCUC